AUGACACAAAUUGAUCUUCAAUCAUUUGGAUUUAUUAUUGGAACAAUAAUAACCGUGGUUGUUAAUUUAGAAAAUGCACUUGAAAUUUGGUAUUGGACUAAAUUCUAUCAUGGAACAUUAUGGAUGACAAUUAUUAUUUAUUUUCUUUUUUACAUGGUAGCUUAUUCAACAACUUUUUCAAAAAUCUUUCGAGUCAAUUUUGAUUAUGUUGGUGUUGCACAAUCUGUUUUAUUUACUGGACAUUUUUGGCUUGUACUUUUACUUAUUUGUGCCAUACUUUUAUUACCUGUUUAUUGUCGAGAGUUUUAUCGAAUACGAUUUCAACCAAAUGAAACAGAUAAAGCACGAAUUAAUCAAAAGUAUCGUCAUGAAGAAAAGGCAGAAUUUAUAACUGAAUUUCGUCAAAAAGUGCAAUUAAAAAAACAGUUAGCUCGAUCAAGUUAUGCAUUUGCACAAGAAGAAGGUUGGGGACCAUUGAUAACAUCAGGUAGAAUGCAAGUUAGACCUAAUCCAUAUUCACGAACUUCACAUGAUCUUGGUAUGUUACACGCAAGUCCAUCACACUCAGACAAUCUUCGAAAUCUUGCAGAAACAUUAUAA